CUGGUGCCGGUCCUGGUAUCAAAUCGCCUUCCUUUUCGCCGCAAACCUGAAGACAGCUGGUGGAAUAUACUACAAAUCAUAUCUGAAUAUUGUCCACUUGGGUAAAUCAGGAAAUGCGGACCUUGUUGAUCCUCGUGGUUGUCUGCCUCAUCGUAGGAGAUGCUCUAGCCAAAAAAAGAAGUAGAUGCAAUAAACGUCCUAAAUAUGGAGACUCCUGUAAGUACGAGGAGAAAGUGAGAGGACGGUGGAGAGGCAGAACUUGUCGCGACGGAGAGGUGUACUCUGGGGCCAGUUGUGGAUGUCAGAUCGACUGGGAGGCAAAGUACAAGUCGUUGAUAAGAAACGGAGGUUUCGGCAACAAUGGUGGAAAUGGAAAUAACGGGGGAAAUAAUGGUGGCGAUGGUAACGGAAACGGAGGAGCUGAUGAUGGUUAUGGCGACGAUGGCAAUGGUGAUGAUAAUGGAGGUGAUGAUGGUUACGAUGACGAUGAAGGCGAUGAUGACUAUGAUGGCGAAAAUGGCGAUGGUGAUGAUGACUACAAUGGCGACAAUGGGGACGGAGACUAUAACAAAUCAGGUGGUAAAUCAGGAAGUGGGUCGAGCAGUUCUGGAAGUGGAAGUGGAUCGAGCAGUUCUGGGAGCGGAUCUGGAAGUGGAUCUGGAAGUGGAAGUGGAUCUGGAAGCAGUUCUGGAAGUGGAAGUGGAUCGAGCAGUUCUGGUAGCAGAUCUGGAAGUGGAAGUGGAUCUGGAAGCAGUUCAGGGAGUGGAUCUGGAAGCAGUUCAGGAAGUGGAUCUGGAAGCAGUUCAGGGAGUGGAAGUGGAUCUGGAAGCGGAAGUGGCUCUGGAAGCAAUGAAGACUCUGGAUCUGGAAGUGAUAGUAGUUCAGGAAGCGAUAGUGGGUCAGGUAGCGAUAGUGGAUCAGGCAGUGGAAGUGGAUCAGGAAGUGGAAGUGGGUCUAGCAGUUCUGGAAGCGGAUCAGGAAGCGGAUCAGGAAGUGGAAGUGGGUCUAGCAGUUCUGGAAGUGGAUCAGGAAGCGGAUCAAGCAGUGGAAGCGGAUCGGGCAGUGGAAGUGGUUCAGGAAGCGGAAGUGGAUCUAGCAGUUCUGGAAGUGGAUCUGGAAGUGGAAGUGGAUCAGGAAGCGGAUCAAGCAGCGGAAGCGGAUCUGGAAGUGGAUCAGGAAGCGGAAGCGGAUCUAGUGAUAGCUCAAGUAGCAGUAGUAGUUCAAGUAGUAGUAGUGAAUCAGAAAGCGGAGAAGACUAUGGUGAUUGGGAAGACAAUGGAGACUGGAAUUACGACAAUGGAAACAACAAGGGAAACGGUGGGUCAAAUAAAGGUAAUGGAUGUGGACCUGAUGGCAGUGGUAAAAAUUGCAACAACGGGGGAAACAAUGGCAACAGUUAUAGUGGGAAAAGUGGGUUAAGCAGAAUUUUAUACGCAAUGAAAUGUGGAGCUGAUGGAAGCAGAUGCAGUAAUGGAAAUGGUAACGGAAAUGGCAAUGGUAACGGCAAUGGUAAUGGUAAUGGAAAUGGCAAUGGUAACGGAAACGGAUGUGGAGCUGAUGGUAAAGGUCCAGGAUGUGGAAAUGGAAAUAAUGGAAAUGGCAACAAUGGAUACGGAAAUGGCAAUGGUAAUGGUAAUGGCAAUGGUAAUGGAAAUGGCAAUGGUAACGGAAACGGAUGUGGAGCUGAUGGCAAAGGACCAGGAUGUGGAAAUGGAAAUAAUGGAAAUGGCAACAGUGGAUACGGAAAUGGCAAUGGUAAUGGAAAUGGCAAUGGUAACGGCAAUGGUAAUGGAAAUGGCAAUGGUAACGGAAACGGAUGUGGAGCAGAUGGCAAAGGACCAGGAUGUGGAAAUGGAAAUAAUGGAAAUGGCAACAAUGGAUACGGAAAUGGCAAUGGUAACGGCAAUGGUAAUGGAAAUGGCAAUGGUAACAGAAACGGAUGUGGAGCAGAUGGCAAAGGACCAGGAUGUGGAAAUGGAAAUAAUGGAAAUGGCAACAAUGGAUACGGAAAUGGCAAUGGUAACGGCAAUGGUAAUGGAAAUGGCAAUGGUAACGGAAACGGAUGUGGAGCUGAUGGUAAAGGACCAGGAUGUGGAAAUGGAAAUAAUGGAAAUGGCAACAAUGGAUACGGAAAUGGCAAUGGUAACGGCAACGGUUAUGGAAAUAGCAAUGGUAACGGCAAUGGUUAUGGAAAUGGCAAUGGAAACGGCAAUGGUAACGGAAAUGGCAAUGGAAACGGCAAUGGUAAUGGAAAUGGCAAUGGUAACGGAAACGGAUGUGGAGCUGAUGGCAAAGGACCAGGAUGUGGAAAUGGAAAUAAUGGAAAUGGCAACAAUGGAUACGGAAAUGGCAAUAGUAACGGCAACGGUUAUGGAAAUGGCAAUGGAAACGGCAAUGGUAAUGGAAAUGGCAAUGGUAAAGGCAAUGGUAAUGGAAAUGGCAAUGGUAACGGAAACGGAUGUGGAGCUGAUGGCAAAGGACCAGGCUGUGGAAAUGGCAAUGGAAACGGCAAUGGUUAUGGAAAUGGCAAUGGUAACGGCAACGGUUAUUGGAAUGGCAAUGGAAACGGCAAUGGUAACGGAAAUGGCAAUGGUAACGGCAAUGGCUAUGGAAAUGGCAAUGGUAACGGCAAUGGUAACGGAAAUGGCAAUGGAAAUGGCAAUGGUAACGGCAAUGGUUAUGGAAAUGGCAACGGAAACGGUAACGGGUGUGGGGCAGACGGAAAAGGACCCGGUUGUAACAGUGUAUCCAGUGCAGGCACGCUUUCGUCGUAUGGUCAAGUGGUUUCGGGAUCAAAUGUCUAUUCUGCAAAUGGUUGUGGCUCAGAUGGGAAAGGACCAGGUUGUCCGGUUAAGCCAUUGUCACUUCCUAAGUUUUUCUUCAGGAAAAGCUCUCAAUAUCCUAGUAGAAAGAAUUGCAGUCCAAAUGAAAUUGGUUGUAAUUAAAUAAGAACACUUAAUGUUUGCAACUAUAACACUUAAUACUCUAAUGUACACAUUCCUUUAUAAUUAUGUGAAAUAACAAUGACAGACGUGUAAGUGUAUUGAUCCAAAGAAUUCAGUAUUUUUGUUUGUUUUGUUGUUAUUUUGAUAAUAAAAAAUGAAAAUUUCCCA